GACCAACACCUCUCCUGCUAUUUUCAUCUCGUGUCUUUCUCUGGGUUGUCUAACAUCAUGCCUGGCAAACUCAAUGAAAACUUGGACGUCCUUGUCGUCGGUGGUGGCUUCGGUGGCUUGACUUCGGCCAUCGAGUGCGCUAGGCAGGGUCUGAACGUUACCAUUCUUGAGCGCGCUGACGCUCCGUCCCCUUUGGGUGAUGCCAUUGGUUUCGCACCGAAUACAUCACGUAUCUUGUUCCGUUGGGGAAUCGGAGACUCCUUCUGGGAACAUUCCGCCCGCGGUCGCUACUUCAACGUUCACGACGGUCAUACUGGCAAGAUCAUCUUCCGUGAGGACCACGCUGGUCAGCUGGCGCGCUUUGGAUGGACGAGUCUUCCUGGAUCUCGUGCAUUCUACCAGCGCGGGCUUUGGGAUUUGGCCAUCAAGUCCGGAGCCAAUCUUCGCAACAACUGCAAGGUCGUUUCCUAUACCGACGGUGGGCUUGAGAGGCCAUACGUUCUCUUGGAAUCAGGAGAGAAAAUCAGCGCUGACGUCAUCCUUGCCUCUGAUGGAAUUCAUAGCAAAGCAAAGAAGAUCAUCCUCGGUUUCCAGGAGCAACCCGUGUCGUCCGGAUAUGCCAUCUACCGUGGUUAUGCACCUGCCGACUCUCUUUUGAACGACCCAGAGACUGCCCAUCUCGGUGACGGUGCCCCGCACACCUGGAUUGGACCAGAUCAGCACACCAUCAUCUGUACAUUCGGUGAACCCGGAAAGGUCCAUUCGAUGAGCUUCGCCACCAUCCACGAGGACACCGAAGAAGCUAUCGAGGCAUGGAACAAGCCUGUCAGUAUCGAGGACGCCGUCAAGUCCAUCAGCAGCCCAGACUACGACUGGGAUCCUGUUUUGAAGAAGGUCGUCUCUAAGUUCCCCGAUUGUAUCGACUGGAAGUUGUCCUGGCGUGACCCUCUUCCCCGUUGGAUCUCUGAUGAUGGUCGUGUCACACUCCUCGGUGAUGCUGCGCAUCCUUUCCUUCCUUCCUCCGCUCAAGGAGGCUCGCAAGCGUUGGAGGACGGUGUCACACUAGGCAUCUGCCUCGCUCUGAGCCCUAAGACCCCUGAUGGCUGUCGUCUCGCUCUCAAGGCCUUCCAGAAGAUCCGGCACAAGCGUGCUGCCGAUGUGCAGAUGACCGGCAGGACACAGAUCCACAAGUGGCACAUCAACCAGACGGAAGCAGAGAAGAAGGCGAACAAGGAGCUCGGCCUUGCCUCUGCUGCCUACUUCGACCACGAUGCCGAGUUCCACGCCCUCAACAGCUACGAGUCUGUCGUUCGUGAGCUCACGGGCGAUGAGUCCUUCAAGGUGGACCCGGAGCUCUUUGAGAAGGUUCGCGAUGUCAUCAAGGGUGACACCAUCUACGCGAACGGCGCUCCGGAGGAGAAGAAGGCAAUCUGGUACGGACCUCCCUUUGAGGUCCCGGAGAGGGACAGGCCUGUUGCUGCCUGAGCAUCGUUUGUGGAGUAGCGAGUAGACGUAUGACUAGCAGUAUAUUUAUGCACUUUUCUAGAUAUUUGAAUGUAGUUGAAUUAUAGACCUGUCUUUUAUAUCCGUGUUCAAUAUGCUAGUAUCGGGGGAACUCCUUUGAAGUAAGAUCCCAACGUCUGUUCUUC